CUAACACUAAUAUCAGGCAAAAUUCUGGAUUCGAAUAUUCAUUCUGGGAUGGCUACAACUAUACUAGGGCUCGAAAAAUAGAUUAUUGCAAUGAAUUUUGCAUGCGCCCUCCAGUCUGGGUUUUACCAGUACCCGGGUAUCACAAACAAUGAACAUCCAUCAUUCGGUGGUACCCCAUUGGCAAUGCUUGCCGCACAGUGCAAUAAACUCCAAGACAAAUCCCCUAUGGCCCAUGACCCGUCAGUCGGCAAGGGGUUCCACCCCUGGAAGAAAUCUGGCCCGUCCGCCACGACACCUACCGGCCUACCCUUGGCAUCACAGCGAGUACCCGGAUUGAGCACAACAAUAUCAUCUGCCUCGUUACCGUACCCAAAUACCAGUGUGACGUCAUCAUGUGCCUCACCUUACAAGGGUGAUAUAUUCUACCCUACAUCAUCAGCGAAUUCUCACGUCCAAACGGAUUCUAUAAUUCAAAAAGUCCAUGGUGACUCUGGACUCGGAAACGGAGGAUUCGGGAGUGUUUACUCACGCGUUGCCGGGGUAACCGGUCACCCGUAUGAAUCAUGGCCGUUCAACGUGCCCACGGCGUCCCACAGCAUAAAGACGGAGGCCCCAGGGGUCAAUUCCGCCCAGUCCUGGUGGGAUAUGCACUCAAAUCAUUCAAAUUGGUUCGCCGAUGUUUCAAACGCUGCAAGUGGACUGCAUUCACAAAUCUCAGCCAAUUACCCUAGUUCGGACUAUGCGCUUGGCGCGCUGGGAUCUAAUGGUUCCCCGUUCCUUUCAUCAAGCCAACAUCUCCUACAGGACACUUACAAAUCCAUGUUACCGUCUCAGAACGACUUGAGCUCGACGGCGGUGUCUAACCCCUUCCUGCCACGUCCCGGACUCCCCUCUUUACCGAGCCCACGAUCCCAGCGGCGCUACACCGGCCGGGCGACCUGUGACUGUCCGAACUGUCAAGAGGCCGAGAGACUCGGCCCGGCUGGGGCACAUCUCAAGCGAAAGAACAUUCACAGCUGCCAUAUUCCGGGUUGUGGAAAGGUUUACAACAAAACUUCACAUCUCAAAGCACAUUUGCGCUGGCAUACUGGGGAACGUCCAUUCGUCUGCAACUGGCUGUUCUGCGGGAAGCGGUUCACCCGGUCAGAUGAACUCCAGCGUCACCUACGGACCCAUACAGGUGAGAAGAGAUUCGCCUGCCCUGUGUGCAAUAAGAGGUUCAUGAGGAGUGACCAUUUGAGUAAACACGUCAAGACCCACAAUGGUGGCAAGAAGAGUGGAAGUAGUAGUGACUCUGAGUGCAGUCAAGGUGACGAUGGAUGCUCUCCCCCGAACACCCCUAUUAACCCAACAUCUCCCCUUAAUCAUCAUCAGGGUCUAAAACAAGAUGUGGACGUGAAGCACAUUCAGAGAGAAUGAACCGCAACCAAAUGUAGCAUAAGUCGUUAAACCUGGAAAAUAACUACCUGUUACAUCAUGUUGCACUGAAAUCUGGCAACAUACCAAAUUGUUCAAAAUGGCUGCCAUAUUUGCUUAAUACGUAUGUCAUCAUUGUGCUUUUCUGAUUUUAAACCGAUUACAUGAGGUCAUUUGCAUGUAAGUUGUACGAAUUUCAACAUUGCUGCUAUGUUGCCGACAAGGCCAGUGACAUAAUAUUACCCCUUAACGACAAGGAUAAUGAUGUAAUAUGUGGUAGAUUCAUCUCGUGAUGUAGCAAUUGUUGGAUUACCCGAUGUGGCGCUGUUAAAGAUCGUGCAUUUGGAACUGACAAUCUGGUUAAGGAAAAACAGGAUGAAAGUAACAAUGCUCGCAAAGAUGAGGAUUUUUGUGUUUAUUUUUGUUUAUUCUCAACAUACAAUCAUUUGGGUUACGGAACGGGGUCUCUAAAGGCAAAAUGGCUAAAAAUGUUGGACGUUGUGUUUUCUAUAUUGUACUACCCACACACUCCGAUAUGCAGACUUUCCGGUUGUUAUUUUGUUAUUAAAACAAACAAAACAUUACGUUGCUUAGCAACGAAGAUUUUCGUAGCAACCGGUUGCCAAGGUGGCCUAGUAUUCACUCUCGUGCCGACAUUUUAUGCACAAGCAAUGGGUCAGAUCUGGAAUAUUGUAAAUAUUUUCUUCCAUACCAAAAGAAGAGUCCUUCUAUAUUUCUAUAUAUAGAUUAAGGUUAAUAUAUGUUUCCAUAGUGAUGUGCUAUUAUGGCGAAAGAGGACGUCAUAUGUCAUCACCAUGGUAACGUAGAAAGCACACGACCGGUAAAAUAUAUUUGUUGGUAAAAUUAGGUGCUCUUUUAUUCAAAUGACCAGUUCAUCAAUUAUUCUAACUGUUAAUUUACUCAUAUUUACGACCAAAUUUAGUUUUAUCGUUCAAGUCUUACAUUUAAAGUGUUACUUAAAGUUUACACUACAGUGAGCUUGCUUUAUUUCCUUGCGGUUAAAAUUGCAUUGUUCUGAUGGUUAGUUUUGCCAUGUAGAUAUUCUCCAGCAGUCACUAUGAUAAGGACAACAAUAUGUUGUAAAGUCUUAUAAAUCCCCUAAAAGCAUUAGACCCCCCCCCCUUCCGCCAACUCCGAAACGGCGGUCUUGACAUUUCACAUUUUGGGUGAUGGUUUGUGGCCAGUGCACACUGAUGUAGAAUGACCUCAGUGAAGGGGAACAUACUACUGCAUGGUCAUGUGCUUAAUCGUGUAAUCGAAUCAUUGCAUUACAUGUGCAUCUGGGAGCAGACUUUUUGAAAUACGUCGCUGAAACGUUUCACAGUGAUUUUUAUCUUCAAAAGCUGUCUGCCUCCCCCUCCUCCGCUGAGCUGUUUUCUGAAUGUACAGAGACACGAUCCCUAGUUCGUCGCUGCAUCCACUUCAAAUACAUUCAAUGUACAUAUGUUUGCUUCUUUCUGCAUGGCACAACUUGAUCCAUUUCUAUAAAGCAUAAGCCUUAGCGCGUUGCUCUCCAGAUUGGCUCGUUCUGACAUCAUCACUUUAGAAUUCUUUAGAAGAUUUUUGUUGGGCUGAAUUUCCUCUCUCUCGGUCUAUCUCAAAAUCAGUAUGUAAAUAUCUCACUUUUGAUUUGGACAUUUUAAUAUGCAUCAAAAUGUACGGUAGCCCUUGUUCACUACGACCUAAUAUACUAGUAUUUUGGUUGAAUAACACGCAGCUUGCGAAAAGUGUUGACGUUUCACAUCGGAAGAAGUGUCGUCAAAAAUAGUGGCGUUACUAUUAGAAAGGUACUUAUGUACAGUGUAGUAACGUUUUACCAAAAGUUUUUUGUAUGUACACUCCCUGAACGUAUGUCCCUCAGCAUAUUUUUGGUGAAUUUCGAAAUAUUGAUAAGAUGAAUGUUAUUUCCUUACAACUUGUAUAAUUAGCAGGGGUGAGCAACUUUAAAGUCAUGCUCGUUUGGCACAAUUGUUUAGGUAGCACAAUCUGAGAGUACUUCCAACGUACAUGAUUGUAUACAACAUUUUUGUCAGAGUAUCUACCACUUAUGGAUGUUAUUUUGACAGUUAAGGGAGAUUAUUUGCAACAAUUCCUUCUUGUGAAAACAUAGUUUGAACCAACUGUAAAAUGUCCGCAAUUGGCACCUUCCGCAUCAGCCACAUCAGAAACAUACAAGUCAGCUGUAAUAUACGUGUGCUCAUUUCUACGUAGUUUAAUUGCUGAAGUGCGUUAAAGUUUUGAAAGCCUACUUCUAAAAAUAAGGGCAUGGGUAAAAGGGUCAGUCAUGGAAAGUCAGUUCUGUUGUCCAAUCUUGUUCGCUCAGCAGCUUUGUUGAAGUUAAUAGGCUAUUACAUGUUAAUAUAUAAGCACUAAGUUUAGCAGCAAUAUCUCCACCCAAAUAUCCUCCAUGGUCAGUUGGAAAGAAGUACAUGCAGUAUGUUAAAUGUCGUAACGUGCAAUGAAAAAUAAAGUAUUGCGGUUUUCACACAAGGCUGAAACAAAGGUUACUAGUUGUACAUAAAAGCAGGUGCACCCUAAGUUCGUCACAAUUUUCUGGCGCAAGUAGCCAUUUUGACGCAUCAAAUGAUUUGCGUUUUGCUGACAGUUGGAAUAGGAAUCCUUAUCCUCCUGGGAUUGUUGUCCUGUCCUAUUGUUCUAUGUCGCGUUACGGUGCACGGCGGUGACAGCACACUUAGACCAACACCACGCCUAAUAUGUGUUGACUCUCUUGACAAUUGAAGAUGCAAAGAUAUUUUGUUCUCUGUUCUUUUUCUGUUGUUUUUUUUCUAGUUUGAGCAAGCUAGCCAAGGAAGGUUGUCAAGUGCCAUUUUUCCAUUUAGGCAUUUUAACCAUUAUCGUAUAUCUUCAUUAGCGUACGACACAUAGAGGAGGAAAGCGGUCAUACACACAUGUUGUUUUAAAUUGUCCCCAAAAAUAACACUUGGCCACCUUCUUUGCUAGUCAUCAUCAAUUUCUCCUUCGAACAGGAUUCCAUUUCAUACACUUCACUGCCCCGAAAUGCAAUUUUACUAUGUGCACAUAACGCAUUGGUCGAUUUAGGGUGCUCGCUGAAUGGCUUUGGAAUACAUCUCCGUACUUUGAACAUUACCGGGUAAAAAACUGUGAAUGCUUUUAUAUAUCUUGUGAACAUAAUUAUUUGUCAAAAAUGUAUACAUAUCUUGCUGAGAAAACCUGCCUAUUUCAGAUACAUACGAUCAAUCACUUUUAUCAACUUAUCCAACUGCAGAAUGUAAGUCUUCAGUUGUUAUGUAAUUAGUCGUGUUAAUUAAUGGUUCUCUAGUGACUUUAGAUAAAGAAUAUUUUAUCGUGGAUAAACUUAUUCGGAUCGUGGUUGUCAACUAGGUUUUAUUUGGCUGUAAACUGACUUGUUCAAUAUUUAACAUUUUGUUUGACUAUGGUCUCUUCUAAUUUUGAUCUAGACUGGUCCAGUUAGGAAUUUUUAUAAAGUUAGGAACUGUGUACCAAUCUACACUCGUUGAUCUUAAAACCAGUACAUGAAUGUGUUAUUUACAUUAGAAGAUCUGCAAAUAACGUAACACGGCGCCAUUUGCUUUUUGCUGAUGACGCCAUCAGUUUUUUAAGCUGAAUUAAUUGUUUACAAUAAUUGUGAUUUUGUGACUCUAACUAGACGCCAAGGACGUUGCUUUUCAUCUGUAAUAUGAGGAACAAGUAUUACAUCACUCAUAGUAACUCAUAAAUAUGAUUACUAAUUUUUUUUUUGUGUAUUUAGCGUUUUUUUAACCUUACAUACUGAGUGAUGUCGCUGAUGUAUUCAGAGAGGCGUUUCUUGAGCCGCCUCAAGCAAAAAUAAUCAGAAGAAAAAAUAUCUUCAUCAGUGUUGAACAAAGCGGGAGCCAGAGAAGUUCAUUUCAUGAAACGAGAAUAUGAUAACAUCAGAGACAAACAUAAUCAUUCCCCUGUUCAUUUUUCACCACUUAUGACUGGCGACAGUAACUCUAUAACCCGUCAUGACAUCCUCAAUAGUUAGAUUGAAACAUCCCCUACGGCGAGGGAGGGGACGUAUAAAACUGAGGAGAUUGAAAAAUCAUAUAGAUAUCAGUAUCUAUUAAUAGAAUAAUGCGUGUUUAGCUAAAAUUGAUCAGGUACAUGUAACCGGCAAACUGGUAAGCUUCCUGCCGUUAUCUCCUUAAAUUUAUAAACAUCUAACGUAACCAAGUCUGUCUAUACUCACUAACGCCGUGACCUCUCUUUAUUUUCCUGACUUCUGAUAUCAAUCAUGACGUUGCGGAUCAACUAUUCCUUAUUUUCAAGAGGGUUGAUGUGAUGAUAAUGUUUUCAAAAUCAAAUUUUACCGAUGCUGGGUGCGGUCAAUUUGGUAAGUCUUGCGUGCCUACAGGCAUAUCUCUUAAACAUGUUAAAAGCGUUAUCGAAAAUAUAUUAGAUUCUAUUGAACUCGAGCUGUUAGCUAUUUCUGCACAACAUUUUGCAUAAUACUUUGCACAAUAUUUAUACUUUAAUGUCGCUGUAAUUGCUGGAAGUAAAAGGUCUGAUAGAUGGUGUCAUUUAGAACCCUGGAUUCGCCAUCCUGCACAAUUCCGCCACCAGGGUAGAUUGCAUUUUGUGUGGUCAGGUGGAAACGCGUGUUGUUACGAGAUUGCACGUUAUAGACGAGAUCACAUGAAUUUGUACUGAAUAUCUUCCAUAGAUGCUGUUAAUUCGACUCUAAGGCUAGGCUUAUGUAGAGUUGACGUUAUCAAGUGUAACGCACCACUCCAAGAAAAAAAACAAGUCAUUUCCAAACAGCAAGCAACAUAGGAUUCACGAUGUCACUUUUCACCCGCAUAUCAAGCCUGGGCCAAUGAACUGUUAUGAUCGUGACAAGAGACGCGUGACACGUGACAGAUGAUAACGUGAAUCGGUGUCACGGUGUCACGUGUGUAGUUGCUCCUCAUGUUUGAAUUUUUCCAUGUACAGUGGACAUUUGGCUUUAUUCUUAAAUAUCGAUGGCAAAUUAGCGUGUAAAUGGGGAUUAUGUUGAAUUAAUAUAACUUGAAAUCGACAUUGGUAGCGUCAUUAACAUUGGUAGGAUUACGUGUCUCAUGUCACAUCUCACGGGCAUUUUUGUUAAACGCUUACGUGUUUGCUUGAAAUUAUUACAUGGAAUGACAUGACGCUGAAAAAUGACAUUGUGACUUCUAGGUUGUCUCCUCUUUGGAAAUUUCUUGUUUUUUCAUUGUGCCAAGCAUCAAAUGCAAAAAGGGAAACGCUACAUAUGGAUGAAAACGUGAAUUCUAUGUAAAUCCGGUCUUAAAGCCUUUACCAGACAAUACCAUAAAAACGAGUUUAAAAUAUUUCUGUUUUAAUAAAUUAUAUUUUCAGUGUAAUCAUGAAUUAUGGAAUUCGAAAACCCCUUGCUGCAGCACGAUACCGCAUAAUUCAUAUUUACAUCGAAAAAAUGUCUGCUAUACAAAGUGCAGGUAUGAUUUCCAUGCAAAAAGCCAUUUCGAAAUCUAAUUUUGAAUUCAUAUAUGACUAUUGUGUAUACAUGUACGUAUAAGUGCUGAUCUUCUGUUAUGAAGAAAAAUUAAAUCCCCUCUCAACAUAAAAUGGAAUCAGGUUCAAAUGAUUUUCGACGCCAUUUUGUGCAUCUUUCAACAUCCAAGGCAUCACUUUCACCUUCCAAACGGAAGUCACGUGAUGCUUUCAUUUAUUGACGAUCAGAACCCGUUUUGAAUUCGACCAAUGAACAAGCUGCUGUGUUAUAAAUGAACCCAACUCUUAAAGCCAACAACCGGUCUUAUCAUGAAGUAUGUACAUACAAAUAUUUUUACUAGAACUUCCAGUAAACAUUGGGCGAUCUUUUUUUUUUCUGAGCAAACAACGUGUAAAGUAUUUUUCGUGAUUGAAACUAGAACCAAGGUGGUGAUGAAAGUGACUUCACCACAAUUAUUGAAUUGGCCAAAAGGAAUCAUUACAAGACAAUGCAUACACCUCGAAUCAAUCAUACUUUUUUGAUGGGCUAAUUGUCCUCUUCAGGAGAAAGGUAGUGUCAACGAUAAACUUUUUCAUACAGACUGAGACGCAUGAUUGUGAUAGUAGGGUACUUGAAGACAAAUGUAACAAUAUAUCGUCUUUUAUCAUGUGUCAAUUACAUUUUUUACUUUGGUCAACGUUUACAUCUGAGCUCGUUCUUGUAUGCCCAGGUCGAAAUUCCACAUAUGAUUCUCAGUUAAGAUCGUACUAGUAUUCUAUAUAGACUAUACUUGGAACAAUCGUAACACGAUUAUUGUGAGAUUCCCAGUUGAGUUCAUUACGGAGUCUUACAAGAUUCCUGUGAAGAAUGUGGUAGUCUACUUACUAUGUAAAAUGAUCUGAAUAAGAUCUCAGUUAUAUAGGGUUCACGUUGUUAAUUGUCAUGAUUCACUUUUCACGACUUAACUGAUGAGGCAUGGAAACACGACGUGAGGGUGAAAUGUGACCUCGUGAAUCGUAUGUUGCCCGCUCUUUGGAAAUGACUUGUUAGUUCUUCAUGUCACGCAUGAAAAGUGGACAGUGACGCGUUACAUGUGAAAACGUGAACCCUAUAUAAUCGCAGCCUAAGAAUCAGAUCUGGAUUUUUGUCCGGGCUCGGCCAAUCUGAUUCCGUAAGAUUUAAUUUCCUUGGUUCUGGUUUGACUGGAAAUGCUCAACUAUCUUCCUGUUCCAGCACAAUUUACAUUCCUAGACCUAGUAAGAGUCUGGUAACAUCACACUGUUGUCGCAUUUCACUUCGCUUUGGUGUUUCUUGGUAAAAAUAUUUAAGCAAUUAUGGUACAUUACAUGCAUUUUUAAACUUUCUGUGUUACAUUCAUUUUUAAUUUCUCGCCAAUGCCAACUUUGAUAUCGAUAUGUGUCUGAAUUUAAAUUUCACAGCUGUUAUGUAAUGGUAUUAGGUGUAUUUCAUGUAUGGCCAAAUAAGUGAAAACCAGAAAGCCGAAGCUCUCUCCGCCGUUGAAAUCUAAGCGCCUCACAUUGUACACUGUAGCUGUACAAUCCGCCUCACUGGUCGUACGGCGGUUAUACAUUCGCCAAGCGAUGUCAACAAUUUUUAUUUCAACAUUUCGUCACAGGUGUGUGGAGAUACCAAAAUCAAAGAUCGAUCAGCCCACUUUAGAACCUACACACAGUCACAAUAUGAAUUGUGGCAUGAAAGCCUGAUGCGUGUAUUGUUUUGUAUCGUGUGUGUAGUACUUCGAUCGCAGUGAAUCAGGUGUAUGCCUGUGGUUACUCCAAGAUUCUUGGAGUAGAACUUUGGUAAUGGAGGCGUGUUUGGCAGUCACAGAGCAACGUCAUCAGUAAACGUAUAUAUUUCCGGCGCUGCGCGGGAGCCUUACUUGGCGGUUAUGCAUGACUGUAAAAGUGUUAAUAAUAAUUUCUUCAUUUGUUCAGGUCAACUUAUAAUUUUUGUGAAAAGGGUGAUGGAUGUUCAUGUACUAAGUAUUCCAGCUUCUUACAAUGUUGAAACAGUGAUUUUCUACACCGGUAAAAAUUUCUCCAAAAAGUUCCGAACUCCAUCGGUUUAUAUCCAGACCCGUGUGCUACAUGUCUCGUUUUUCUUUCGCCAAACUAACUUUUAAACUGUCUAAAGGUCAACUCGAUUGGCGAAAAUAAACAUCGUUAAAAAAUAGUUUUGAUUGGAAAGACCAAAAGGAAUUUCUUAAUCUGCCAAAAUAUAAAUAAUUUUUGUGAAUUUUUACAAAUCGCAAAAGUAAUCGGUCUUGAAGAUGGUGGCUUACCGCACAUACUUUUUGCGGUUAUAAUUUACAAGCGGUAAUUACAAAUAAGACUUCCAGUAUGAGUGCAACAAUGCUUACAACACUAUUAUUGACAAAUUACUGUCAACUGUUUGCAAAUUCUCGAGGUUGUUUCAUCUUUCGCAGAUUUUGCUCAUGACUUUAAUUCGCGAUAAUGAAAAUCGCGAAUACUAUUUUUUGCAUAAAACUUUUCGCUAAUCGUUAAAAUUAACGUAGAUCGUCAUUGUUUAUACACUAGUUGAGGCUCGGUCCUUCCGUAUCUGGUGCAGGUGACAAGCCUGAAAAUACGUAUGAAUCCGUAAACAUUACCGUCGAGCAGUAUAAAAUUACACGAUAGGAACUUGCCAUGUACCGGUACCAAGCGAUAAUAGCGAGUUUCAGCAAAGAAAAAAAUCUCUCCCGUAUGACUUAUCCGUAUCGAUUUUACGUAUGAUGUAAUGUAAUUUAUGUGGCGGUCAUACGUAAAACCGAUACGGAUACGUCAUGCGAGCGUGAAAUUCACCCCUGCUGAAACUCCCUAAUGCUAAACGAUAUGUUUCGUCAAAUGGAAAAGAUGAUAAGUCGCUUUUAGGCUUUUUUAUGAAUGUUUGAUGAAAAAGUGAAAACGUAUUGAACAGUGACAGUUAAUGCACAUCUUGACCAUAAUGGUUUUUGCUGACCAGUGCAUUUAUUUCUUGUAGUUCCAUUUCAUAACGAUGCGGAAUUAGCAUCUAAAUUUUAGAAAAAAACACCAAAUCGGUUUUUCCUCAGAAAUGUGGCUCGCAGCUUUUUCUUUUUGACGCUAGCAAUACGGGUUCAAGAAAAAAUACCUCGCUUAUACCGCGAUACGUCGAGCCAGAUAUAUGCAUAUAUUUAUCAGAAGUGCUCGGACUCCAACGAAAAGGCAGUGAAUGAUAACAACAUUAAUAUUUCGCAAUGGCAAUGCCCGAACAGGGUGUUCAAAAAUAUAUAAAAUUGUGCUUCUGUGUUGUACCAAAAAGAUGCAGAAUUGAGGGUAAUUUAUCACAAAUUUUGUAAUCCAUGCCAAGCGGUUGUCUCUUCAACUAUAAGUCAGGUUUCCCUAGCCUUACGAAGAUUUACAUAUACAUGUACAUGUUUCGACUACAGGAUCAGUGAGUAAACAGGGGUCUUGUCUGGUUCUACAAAGUCAAGUCACAUCAACUCUAUGAAGCAAAUUAACCAUAAUGACAUUAGGAACAUUCUGUCAGCCUAGUUUGGGUGGAGGUCAACUUACAGGUUCGCAUUUUUAACUACAAAAAUAAGAAAUCGGCCCAGUAGUUUGUGCCCCAGAGCGAAAUUGUAUUGCGUAUGGACACUUUCCUGAAUAUGACAUAACAUUGUAUUAUUAUAUUUUCUUCCACUCUAUCAGUUCGCUGCAACUAAGAAUCACUUGUCUAAGCCGGAUUUAAACUGAGAACGGAUGGACAUGAGUUUCAAAGCUGUGAUUGUCUACAUUAGGAAAACACCAUGUAUAAAGUCCCCAUACCCUGACCAGAUAAAAGCGCUGCCGGGUGUAGAAAAUUGAAAUGUCCUUGGAUAGAAUGUCCGACUAUUUUGCGCUUUAAUCUUUGAGAGCUUUUGACGGUAAUGGCCUCGGUAGAACCAAAUACCAUAAUCCGUCAGAAUACAAUUAAAGUGCCGGACACGUUUUCAAGGGGGACAUUUUCUACUUCUUCACCGGGUUGGCUUGUGAAUGCUCUCAUUCCCUUUCUCUCCAUCAUCCUUACACUCACAUUAAGAUUGGGAACCUAUUCGUAAUAUAAAUUAGCUAAUUGAAAUAAAAUGAAGACUGGGACAUUCUUGAUUCACUAGCUCGUGUCACAUGUUUAGUCAUACUGAAUUUCCAGCGACUUGACGCUCGUUGUCUCGAACCUGACCAAGGUCAGUACAUUGAGGUUUAGUCCGAAUACAUUGAGUCUCUGAGUGUGAGGCAUCGAAGGAUUUGUUUCAGUCCUAAAAGGACUUUCAAAGGUGUUUCCUUUUUCGUCGAAUUUGCCAUUUCCAUUAACGGAUCCGUCUCAGGCCAGUUUGCUGAAUACUUAUUGCCAUGUCGUUUCUCAAGAACAUGUAUACUAUCAAGAACGUACAAAUAGUGAAAGCUGAGCUAUUUGUGGCUUUGCGGCAUGAUACCAUGCAUAAUAUUGUGCUUACCAGCAGAAUGUCAACGAGUAACUUAAAGGUAGCGCUUUUGGGCCAUUAACCGUUGUGUAUAGCAUAGAAAUUGCGGGACUUAUGUGAUGACUUUUGGAUUCAAAAUUGAAUCUGACCUUUUAACCACUGCAGUAUCGACUUGGAAAUUAUUAUCGUGUUCAAAACACCACGUCUAUUUACCAGUACAAUAUUUGUAGCUUCCAGUCAUCAAUCGUUCCUCAACGUGGCUGUAUAUUUCUAUUUAUCUCCUAUUAUGGUUAUCCCGUUCUUAAAGGGACGCUGCAUAUUGUUAUGAUGAUCCGUAAAACGAUGUAAAAUGGUAAAUGCUUUGCAAUCUCAAUGGAUUUCUGCAUAAGUUGGAUAUGAAAUUAACUCCAUUUUGAGUCAAAUAGCAACACUUUUUCGACAACUUGUUGGGAGUUUGAAGUAGGCAGGGAGAUUUCUUUUCAGGCCACCCAGUGUGGAAUGAUAUUACACCAUCUGGUUUUGCGACACAAAAAUACUUCAGCGCCAAAUUGUAAAGAAUAAGAUUCCGUGAAAUGUUCGCCUUAUUUCAUCAUGACUUGUUGUUAUUCGUCACCAUCUCGAUCAGAUAUCAACAUGUAUUUUUUUUAUAUUGUUAUCUUUUUUUUGAUUGGACAACAACGUUUCCAUCUGCAGUAUAAACCAGUUAGGAAACCAAAACUUAACUUAUCUUCGGCUCUUUACUGCCGCUCUGUGUAUAUUCCGUAUGUAAAUUUUGUGUAUGACGUUCCCAUGUCUGUGUACACACAUUUGAUGACGUAUAAUGUUUCUGCGGAGUCGUUGACUCCAAAUAAACGAUUUGUAUCAUAUCUCGUUGUAAAGCUGUAUAAAAUAGAUGCAUAAGUAUAAUCAACUCCUGGGAUCGUCAA